UUGACAUCUGAUUCUUUUUUUGGGUGAUGUGUUGUGUUGUGGAAUGGAAUGAUGGAAUGUGGACCAUCAUUAUUGGUUGACGAUUUAUUAUUCUGAAUGGAAUUAUUAAUAUAUCAGUGUUAAUUUGUAUUACGUUACCUAUAAUCAAGAUGUGGGAAAUAUUGAUAUUACUUAUAUUGUCUGCGAUAGCGUUCUUCAUUACAGAUGAGUUAAUACCGAAUCUAUCGGAGUUGUUUGUUAAAGCCGGUCUAUUUGGAAUAGAUCUCUGUAAAUCAAAUAAGAAAAAAAUCCCAGAAGCAAUAGGUGUUGUGUCUGGAUGUGUCUUUUUGGUAACAAGCUUCAUAUUUAUACCAAUCGUGUUUGGUAAUGGCUUGAUGGAUACACAGCAGUUCCCACACAAUGAGUUUGCAGAACUACUUGCGGGAUUGCUAUCUAUCUGCUGUAUGCUCCUUCUUGGUUUUGCUGAUGAUGUUCUGGACUUGAGAUGGAGAUACAAGCUGCUACUGCCAACAGUGGCAUCACUGCCUUUGCUUGUUGUUUACUAUGUUAAUUUCAACUCAACUACUUUUGUAGUGCCCAUUCCACUGAGACAAUGGUUGGGAAUAUCUAUAAACAUAGGUGUACUAUACUACAUCUACAUGGGAAUGUUAGCUGUAUUCUGCACCAAUGCCAUAAACAUUCUAGCUGGCAUCAAUGGACUUGAAGUUGGACAGUCUGUCGUUAUAGCAUUGUCUAUAAUCAUUUUUGAUAUAAUUGAAUUGAGAGGAGACCAGUUUAAAGCUCAUACAUUUUCUUUACAUAUUAUGAUACCUUAUUUUGCAACUACCCUGGCAUUAUUAAAACAUAAUUGGUAUCCCUCAAAGGUGUUUGUAGGGGACACUUUUUGUUAUGUGUCUGGGAUGACAUUUGCAGUUGUAGCCAUAUUAAGUCAUUUUAGCAAAACUGUUUUAUUGUUUUUCCUUCCUCAAAUCAUAAACUUUUUAUAUUCAGUACCUCAAUUAUUCCACAUUAUUCCAUGUCCAAGACAUCGUUUACCGAAAUAUAGUGAAGAAACAGAUUUACUUCAUGCAAGCAGAACAAUAAUAUCAAAAAAGGAAAUGACCGCCUUAACAAAACUAAUACUUCGUGCAUUAACCAUUUUACAUUUAAUUGAUAAGGUUGAAGAUGAAGAAAGUAUAACUAUAAAUAAUAUGACCUUAAUCAAUUUAUUUUUAAUUAAAUUAGGACCUGUAUCAGAAGUUCAUCUGACUACAUAUCUUAUGGCUUUCCAAGUAUUUUGCACUUGUAUAGCUUUUGUUAUAAGAUAUCCAUUAGCAUCAUAUUUUUAUGAUAGUUAAUAAUCAAGGAACAAAUAUUUUAAGAUUUACUGAAGUGGUGGAUAUAUUAUUAUUUAUGUGACUAUAAUUAUCUCUUCAUAGUGUACUAUAGCCAAAGAUAUAAAUGUGAUAAAAAAAUUGGCACAAACAACAUUAUUGAAUAAAAAUAUAAUUUCUUCUGUUGUAAUAGUUAAUGAAAUAAUAAUAUAACUCCACUAAAAUCAUGGCUGUUAAUAUUUUUCUAUGAUAUAUAAAAAAAUAAAAGGCAUUUGUUUAACAA